AUGAAGCAUGAGAGUGGGCUGGAUCUUUUAGCACAUUAUAGCCAGGAACUGCGAUCUUUCUUGGAUAAAGAACGUGUUACCUACACAUCUCACGAUCCUCAAAAUGAGCUAAUGGACUGUAUAGCUGAAGAAAUUCGCAGUGAAAUUCGACACAGAAUUAGCCAUUCGAAGUAUCUAGCAGUGAUGAUGGACGAUACCAGUGAUUGCAGCAACGUAGAGCAGUCUGCAGUGUUGAUUAGACUUUUGCAUGAUGGAAAGGUGGAAGAGCAUUUGCUGGGUCUAAUUGAUUCCUCAGAAGAUCAGUCAGCAGAAGGUCUAACAAAAGUUGUGCUAAGCACACUUUCGAAAUUUGAGGUAACACCUGAAAACAGUAAAGACAAGCUAAUUGGACAGUCAUACGAUGGAGCCCCUGCAAUGAGUGGACACCUUAAUGGAGUUCAAGCUCGGAUGCUUGAGCUUUUUCCAGUGGCUUACUAUAAUCAUUGCGUCGCCCAUCAGAUGUCCUUAUGUGCAUCAAGGUCAGCAAACAAAAUUCAAUGUGUAGCGAAAUUUUUUGGAACCACCGAUAAAAUUGUGACAUUCUUCCGAAGCAGUCCUAAACGAGCAAAUCAUCUUGGACAUAACCUGCCCAAGCCUGGGGACACUCGUUGGUUAUCACGCAACUCAGCAAUUCGAGUGAUUGACAAUUGCUGCAAAACCAUUGGAACAGUUUUAUUUGAAAUUGCCAAUGACAGGAAAGAAAAGGCUGAAACUCAAAGUUUGUCGAGAGGCUUAGGGAUUCAAAUACAAGCGAUUGAAUUUAUAUUUAUGCUUAAACUAUAUCCAAAAAUUUUCGAGUACUGUACGCCUAUGAUUACAGUGAUGCAACGGCCAACACUAGAUCCCGUUAUCGUCAAGUCAAUGUUGAAUGACUUUCAUAAGGCCUUAAAUGAUUUUGAUUUCAAUCAAAUUUGGGAGGAUAGUAUGCAGUUAGACCCAAUAAUCCCGACAGUUCGUGCCAGAGUUGGGUGA